CCUCGCCACGCAAAGUCGUGAGUGGAAGGGGUGGCCGCGCGCGCGACAGUGCCGUCCGCCGCUGGCAUUCCAAGCCGUGGCGCGAUUAGGCCAUUAUUUAAUUAUCUGCCCUUUAUUCCUCAGAUGUUUAUCAGCUGCUUUGCAUAUCACGUGGGGGAGGGCGGUCCAAUGAGCGCCGUCGUGGCGCGACACUGGCGCGUCAGCCCUGGUCAAGUCUGGGAGAUUUAGUAUCUCUUUUUUCAGUCUUUGGGGCUUUUAAAAAAGAGCCACUAGUCUCAAUGCGGAUCGGGCUAUGACAGCCUCCGUGCUCCUCCAUCCCCGCUGGAUCGAGCCCGUCAUGUUCCUCUACGACAACAGCCUGGAGGAGAUCAACAAGAACAUGGAAGCCGGUUUCCACGCGGCGGCGGCGGCGGCCGCAGGCACCAACUUCGCCGCGGCCAACCAAUGCCGGAACCUGAUGGCUCACCCAGCCUCGCUCGCCGCCCCGGGCAGCGCCGCCGCCUACACGUCGAGCGAGGCGCCCGCCGCCGCCGCGGGCAUGGCUGAGCCCGGGGCAUCUGUCAAGCAGUGCAGCCCCUGCUCGGCCGCCGUGCAGAGCUCGUCAGGGCCGGCCGCGCUGCCCUACGGCUACUUCGGCAGCGGCUACUUCCCGUGCCGCAUGAGCCACCACAACGCCGCGCUCAAGUCGUGCGCGCAGCCCGCCGCCUCCUUCGCCGACAAGUACAUGGACACGUCGGUAGGCGCCGCCGGAGAGGACUUCACCUCCCGCGCCAAGGAGUUCGCUUUCUACCAGGGCUACGCCGCCGGACCCUACCAGCCUGUGCCGGGCUACCUGGAUAUGCCCGUGGUGCCCACCAUCGGAGGCCCCGGGGAGCCCAGGCACGACUCGAUGCUGCCCAUGGAAAGCUACCAGCCCUGGGCUAUCACCAAUGGCUGGAACGGGCAGGUCUACUGCCCCAAGGAACAGAACCAGCCGCCCCACCUCUGGAAAUCCACUCUCCCGGACGUGGUUUCGCACCCUUCGGAUGCCAACUCCUACCGGCGUGGGAGAAAGAAGAGAGUGCCUUACACCAAAGUUCAGUUAAAGGAACUAGAAAGGGAAUAUGCUACAAAUAAAUUCAUUACCAAGGACAAGCGCAGAAGGAUAUCGGCCACUACGAACCUCUCAGAGAGGCAGGUCACAAUCUGGUUCCAAAACAGAAGGGUGAAAGAAAAAAAAGUCAUCAAUAAAUUGAAGACGACGAGUUAACGGAUUAAAUGAAAGUGCAGCUGCCAAGAGGCCUAAAAAAAACCCAACUCUCUUUC